CCCACCAAAAUUUACAUUCUUCUUCCUCAUCACUUAGACACAACCGCAAUUGACAUAGCUCUGGUUUUGCUGGCCAAAUUCCAGAGCAUCUCUUCAUCUUGUUAUGUACUCUUGUAUUUGAUGCAGUGCAACUGAUAAACUGGAACAUCUCACAUAAACAAAAUGACUACGGAGCCCACCCUCCCCAUCCCGAUCUCGUAUAUCGCGGGUAACUACUAUCUUUUCUCUAUUGAUGCCGUUACGUAUUUGAGACGAGAGCAUCACAUCUGUGGUGUCCUGAUAGGCACUCUGCCGCAAAUCCCACAACAAAAUGUCUUCCUGGGAUUGCCGCUGGAGCUGAUGCCGGAGGAGGCGAGGCUGCUGGUGGAGAAAGGUGUAGCUUGCAUUGUAGACGAGGUAAAAGUUCAGAACCAAGGCAUGAAAGCCCUGAUGGAGGAGGAUCGCAAGAAGUAUCUCCGUGAGCUAGAAUCCCAAGGCCUUCAAGCUAUGCGGCUGCAAGCCAGCCGGAAGGAGCAACAGAGAGAGAAAUCAUUAAAGAAAUUAGAAGAAAAGAAAGCAAAAGCUGCCAAAUCAAAGAAAUCCGAGGAUCCUGAACCCGCUCCUGCUGUCGCUGAUGGGCCUAAGGAUGACCCAUUGGUAGACCUCUUCGCAGACAGUCAACCGUCAAGCCAUAGUCAAACUACUUCUCGACGUACCUCCACUACUGUCGCCCCCGAGAAUGCACUGGGCAUCACGCCAGCAACGGCUCGUCCGCCUCUCCCAGCUGAGCCCUCUGCCGAGCAGCUGCUGCCAAUACCUCAGGCUCCCUCGUCUUAUCCUUUGUUUGCUCAUCUCCAUGCCGAGGGUUAUUUCCUGUCCCCGGGCCUUCGAUUUGGCUGCCAAUAUCUUGCCUAUCCGGGCGAUCCCUUACGAUUCCACUCUCAUUUCUUGGUUGUCUCUGCCGAAUGGGACGAAGAGCUCGAUUUGAUGGACAUUAUCGCCGGAGGUCGACUGGGCACGGGUGUGAAGAAGGCAUUUAUGAUUGGAGGUGCUGAGAAGAAGGAGGACACUGCCGGUGAAGAGAAUGUGAGAACUUUCAGCAUUGAGUGGGCAGGAAUGUGAGACUAUUGUCCUGGAUUGCCAGACUUUGACGGACCGGUCUCACGCCGCACAUCGGCGAUGUAGACAUAUCGUUCAGCAGAUAGGCUGUAUGGAACAUGUGCACAGCCCUCGACGCUUCCUGGAUGGAAGAUAUCCGAUCAACGGAACGCCACUGUUGAUGCUUGAUAUACAUAGCCCACGAGUACUAUGGAUGUCGGUGAACAUCCGCACUGGCGACCAAUUAAGCAUACCUGUGCUUGACUGAGGUUAGUGGCAUAUGCUAACGGCUCGGUCUAGCCAUGGGACCUGUGGCAGGUCUUUGACGGUGCGACUUUAAAUCAAGUCAAAUGUCGAGUCUCUAUGGUUGUCAUAAGAGACACGAUUAUCACAUUGAAGCUCUAUCAUCUUAUAUGCAACUAGAG